AAUCACAUAAACAAAGUGCUUGACUUUUUGUAGUCUCGUCAUAGAUGUACAAAAUCCAAGUGUAGGGAGACAUUACAGCCAAAUAACAGAAAUGGGACAGUGAUACCCUCCCUCCAAAGGCAAACUAACCAGGUAUAAAUGGAAGAUUAACAGCCAUAACGAUAUCAUUCCAGUUCUAAACUUCAAAGCAAAAUGAAGACUAUUGCUAUAGUUUGUUUGGCUUUAUUUGCCGUGGUACUUGCUGAUAAGCCCACUUGUAAAAUAGGCGAGACUAAACGAGAAGACUGUGCUAUUUGCGAUUGCUUACGUUUGCAGGAUGGAAGCAUUGACUGGUAUUGCACCCAGUAUGAUUGUACCCAUGAUGAGUUCUUAAGGAAAGAACCCACGUGCAAAAUUGGCGAGACCAAGCAUGAAAACUGUGCUUUAUGCGAGUGCAUGGUUUUCCAAAAUGGAAUCAUCGACUGGUUUUGCACACAAGCUGAUUGUCAUUUUGAUGAUCGUUCGAAGACUGAUACAGCUAGCAAAGACACGAACCAUGUGGACUUGUUGCAACGUAUGUUUUCCAUAAAGACGGCUCACACAAUUCUCAAGAAAUGA